GAACUUUAGAUUUCUCUCAGCUUUUCUUUAUUUAUUUUUUUCUUUUUUUUUCCCUCCUCGCUUUACUGGCUUGCUGCCAGCGCCUCGCAGGGCCAAAGUUUUAUCUAUAGGGGAUAUAUUUUUUAUAUUUUUUAUAUUUUUCAAGCCAGCUGCGCACACAGCGAGCGAAUCCCCGCUCCUGGGGCAAGCUUAGCUCGGCGGAGGGAGAGCAGCAGGAUUGCUGUCAGGAUGGAUUUAUGGCUUUAAAAGGAAGCCCAGCCCGUGGAUUUGAGGUAGUUUAAGCCCGGGACCAGGCUGUGCUAUGUUGGCCAAGGCGCUGCUUUGCCUCGGGCUGUGGUUGCGGCUCGCUGCGGGACGGGACACACCUGAGCCAGGUCCCCAGCCAUCAAUCUCCAACACACAGGGUGAUCUCCUCUUCCUGCUGGACAGCUCUGCCAGCGUCUCCCACUAUGAGUUCUCCAGAGUCAAGGAAUUCAUGUGGGACCUUCUGCACCCUUUCACCUUUGGCCCUGGGGACAUCCAGACCAGCAUCAUCCACAUCAGCACCACACCCACCAUGGAAUUCCCGUUUGACCAGUACCUGACCAGCGACACCCUGAGAAAAGCCAUCAGGGACACCAGGCAGCUCAUGGGUGACACCAACACCGGCAAAGCUCUGUCCUACGCCAAGGAAAAACUCUCCAGUGGCGAGGCUGGGGCCAGGCCAGACGUGCCCAAGGUGCUGGUGUGGGUGACAGAUGGCUUCUCCACCGAUGACAUCUCGGAGCCCAUGCAGCUGCUCAAGGACAUGGGGGUCACCGUGUUCAUCAUCAGCACCGGCCGUGGCAACUUCCUGCAGCUCUCAGCUGCUGCCAGCCAGCCCUCAGACAAACACCUGCACUUUGUGGACGUGGAUGACCUGCCCAUCAUCACCAAGGAGCUCAGAGAUGGCAUCCUAGAUGUCCUCCAAGCCAGCCGGCUCCAUGCCACUGAUGUCACCUCCAGCAGCUUCCGCCUGCUGUGGCCCAAGCUCCUGUCCCAGGACACUGGCUACUACAGCCUGGAAUAUGGCCCAAGAGCUGACCCAGCAAGGAAGAGGACACAGCAGGUGUCUGGGGCUCACACCAGCCUCGUGCUCAGAGACCUUGCACCAGAAACCACUUACGAGGUGGUUCUGAUUCCUGAAUCCAACGUGCACUACUUCCCCCCCCAGAGCACAAGGGUCACCACACUGGCAGAGGAAAUCAGCCCAGUUCAGGUUCUCAUCUCGGAGUCUGGGCCUCGCAGCUUCCAGGUGAGCUGGGCUCCUGUGCUGGACAGCGUGGCCAGCUACCAGGUGCUCUAUGGGCCACUCCCAGGGAACUCAGUGGAGGUGCUGGAGGUGGAUGGGAGGCACAACAGCACCGUGGUGGAGCACCUGGCACCCAACACCACCUACCUGGUGACAGUGACUGCCAUCUAUAGAUCUGGCAAGGAGAGAUCUCUGUCGGCCAAGGCCUGCACCCAGGAAGAGAUCUCCAAGGUGAGCCACCUCCGUUUCGAGGCCAUGGGUCCCAACACGCUGCGAGCCUCGUGGGACCCGGCAGCCGGGGCCGUGCGGGGUUACCGGGUGCGCUGCCGGCGCCACAGCGGCCGCUCCUCGGUGCUCAGCGUGUCCCCCCAGGUUCACAGCGUCCUGCUCAGCGACAUCACCUCCGGCAAGGUGUGUGUCCAGCCCGUGUACAGCAGCCAGCCCGGCCAGAGCCUCUGCCGCACCGUGCACAGGCAGCCAGCUACAGAGGCCCAAGGAUACAGGCACAGAGAGCGUGACAGACCAGAGUGAGCUGAUUAUUCCCAGCACAGCAAGAAAUCUUGCUUGGACAAGGACUUGGACCAAAAGGAGGAGCCAGGGGAGGAAAAUCUCUCCUCUCCCAGCCUGUGCUGUCCCUUGAGGUGUCCUGCUUGUCCAGCCCAAAGCCUGUCCCCAGCCAAGCUCUCCCAGAGCUUAGAGGCUUGGCCUGGCUGGCUGGAACAACCGAUCUGACUAAAAGAUGCCAAAUCUGUACUCAUUUCAUAUAAACACGCCUGACAAAUAACAAACUGAAGGCAAAGUGGUGGAUCCUCACUAUUGCUUGCUUGCUGCCUGUUCUCUAUUUAUUAAAGGUCGAUCCAGAUUUAUUUUUGCAGCUCAUGAGCACAUUCAGGACUGUUCAGUGCCCUGGCUGUUCAUCCAGGGCACUCAGAGAAAGAUUCCACGUGGCCAAAUCCAUUCCUGCUGCCAACAGCCAGGGAACCUGGAGUGGGAGAGAGCAGGAAACAAAAAAUCCUGGGAAUUUCUUCCCCAGCAGGUCCCUCCAGGGCUCUCAGCCCUCAGCUGAGCUCAAGGAGCAGCUGAGAGCCCAGAAAUGCCAGACAAGACCAUCUAAAGCACUUAUUUUUGUUUCUGUGGUCCUGCCUGGAUUGUCACCACUGCAUUGCUCUGGCAUUCCUGCAAUCCCUUUUCACCACACGGGAGUCCUGCUGUCCUCAUGGAGAUUAAUUAGCCUGUUCUGUGACUAAUUACAGGCAAUAAGUCUCCAGCACUAUCAUUCCUCUGCACUCUGAACACACACAGCACAUCUCUGGUGUUUGUCUUGGGCUUCCACCCAGUGCUAAGCUUGAGCUACACUUAAAAAGCAGAGGUUUUGAGGGAGAAGAGUAAAUCUGAUUCUUUCCCUUUGGCCCCAGGCUUGAACUCGUUGUGUCUAAACCACUCUGGAAAGGGAAGCUGGGGAAAAAAAAUAAAUAAAGAAAAAGAAAUUGAUUAUAAAUACCUAGUGACCAAGCAUAUAGUUUCAAAGUUCAGGGCUUAGGGCUGUAAAGAAAUGUAGAUACUUCUCUGCUGAACCCCAGCAUCAGUGGGGGUACACCCACCCUCAGUAAUACUUGCUCUAUUUUAAAUUUAUUACUUAUUUGUCCUACAUGUGCAACUUGUUUUUGAAGCUGUACUGUUUGUUGGAGACCCUCACAAACCCUUCUUAAAGCAGCUUAAAACAGCUCCUUUCGAAGCUGAGAGGAACUUUUAUCCCUGACUUUGUCUCCUGAGAGCUGAAUCCUUCAUUUCCACAUUUCUGGAGCAUUUUUCCUUGGGCUGCCUUGGAGAGAGGGAUAGAAGGGAGGUGAGUCAUUCAUUAACUCUAUAAAGAGAUUUUCACCUGAUUUGUGUCCUCCUUUGGAAUGUGCAUUUGUGACUGAUUAAUCUCAGUGCUGAAGGGAUGACAAAGCCCCUGGAACUGCUCAUGCAAUAAGAUGAUUUUGUUUGUUCUUGCUGUAGGACAGAAAUUAAGUUUGCACAGCUCCCUGCAUAGUUUAUCAAUACAUUAACGUGUCAUCCCCCCCACUUGUAACACACCCUUCUGAAGACAAUUAAAUAUAAAUACAAGAGCUA